CAAACACGACCAACAACCAAUCAAAGAAGCCAAACGCUUUUCCGUGCGAGAACGCACUUUCCCUCCUCUUCUGUUUAUUCUCUUCUGUCUUUCUUUUUCCCCACCGACAAUUCUUCUUUACCUUUCACGAACCCCAGAUUCCUCCUCCGGUUUCUCUUCAUCUUCCUCUUCUAUGGGUUAAGAAACACAAAGUCUCAAUUUUGAUGAUAAAACGAAAAUGCACGCUCUCAAGGACAAAGUCACCGGAAAGGUUUCCAGUUUCUUCACCGAUUCUCGGACUUCUUCUUCUAAUCAUUCUCAACCCGAUCGUUCUGAGGCCAGGCCAUUUUCAAAAGAGGGGAAAUCUUUUUCUUCAUAUUUUUCCUUCGUUAUACCCUCAGUUGGCUUUGGUGGAUCUAAAUCAACCAACCAACAAAAUGAGCUUAGCCCAAUUGAAUCUUAUCCUGUUAGAUGGAAAAGUAAAGAGUUUCACCUCCAAGAUGAGUCCUUUGAUAGCUAUAGAGAAUGCACUGUGUCUUGUAAAAGUGAAAACUUUCAGAAACUUAGUGAAGAUAGCCUGAAAAAGAGUCCAUUAAGGGACAGUGAACAGCCGGUUUCUUUUCUUGGUAAUGCUGAGGAUCAUGCCUCUGGAAGCAGUACUGGUUCUGAUGAGUUUAAAGAAGCAACUGACCAGCAGAGUCCAGGAAAGCCUUUAAAUAACCUUGCAGAUGACUCUGCAUUUAUUACAUCUGAUUUGUAUGAAUUCUUGCAGUCUUCUCUUCCUAAUAUUGUGAAAGGACGCCGAUGGGCCUUGCUUUAUAGUACUCUGAAACAUGGUAUAUCACUCCGUACACUUAUCCGCAAGAGUGCUGAGCUCUCUGGUCCAUGUUUGCUGAUUGCUGGAGAUAUGAAAGGUGCUGUUUUUGGUGGGAUGCUAGAAUGCCCUUUGAAACCUACCCCAAAGAGGAAAUAUCAGGGGACAAACCAAACUUUUGUAUUCACAACCAUAUGCAAGGAACCAAGGCUAUUUAGACCAACUGGUGCCAAUCGUUACUAUUAUAUAUGUUUAAAUGACUUAUUAGCACUUGGUGGUGGAGGCAACUUCGCUUUGUGUUUGGAUGGGGAUCUGUUAAGUGGAACUAGUGGUCCCUGUGAAACAUUUGGGAACGUGUGUCUGGCUCAUGACGAAGAGUUUCAAUUAAAGAAUGUUGAGGUAAUCUCUUAAUUAUGUUUAGUUUCAAUUAUUAAAAGCUAUGUUCCACCCCAUUGUUGUGAAAACUUAUUGGAGAAUAAGAAUAAAAAAUCUUCAAAAUUUGCUUCUUGUCUAAAAUAUUUGUUUCUUUCAAGUUAAAAUUGAUAAAUAGGAUUCCACAUUUUUGAAAUCAAUUUUGAAAGUAAGAACAUGGAAAAGAGCAGUAUUAUCUUGUGAAUGAGGAAUUGUCUCGUGAACACUUUAGUAAAGGAUAAAAAAAGUAAAUGCUAAUUGGUAUCCAAAACAAAUAAAUAUGGGUGACAGAAUGAUAUGAAUUAGCAUGAAUUACAGGAAAAAGAAAUGAGCAUCAGUUAAGAUAACGAUGAGCACAACCCCAUCUAGUAGGUACACAUUUAGCCUUUCGCAUGUAAAAUUGAAUGAGAGUGCUUAUAAUAAGUUGUGAUGUAUCAUGUUCAUGUUCCCCAGAACCAAAGAAGAUGAUCCAAGUUUCUGUUUUUCCUCAGUGAGAAAAAUAAAACACAAUUCAUUGAAUUUUGGUUUAUCUGGUUGUGCAAUGAAUGGUUAAGGAAAACAUCUUUAAUUUUGUUUCCCCACUAAAUUGAAAUUUCUUUUACUUAUAUCCCAGUUUAACACGGUGAAAGUUAGAACUCUCAAAUCCUUUUAUAUGUGCCUGACUGUGUAUCUGUGUUGGAUUUAUCUAUAUGCAGCUAUGGGGUUUUACACAUUCAUCACAAUACCUCACCUAAUAGAAGGCUCAGAUAUUCUGCUCAUCUGUACCUUUAGGGAAAAAAAAAAAGGGGAGAAAAAGCUUCUUGUGAUCCACAUUCUUUAUUCUUAUACGUGUAUUCUCCUUGUUUGGGUCUAAAUUACAUGUAAUGUUGGAUUAUAUACGCUCAGGUUAAAUUAUUUGGGUUUUGAAAUAGCAAUGUUAGUGGUGUUGAUUCCAUUGCC